GUUAUAGGACGAAGAAGAUAUCCCGUGAUGUGUUAGGGAAGUACAGCUGAGGACGUGUUUUGUCGAGUAGUUUUUAUAUGUUCGGGUAAAGAUUUAUUCGUUCAUUACUUAACGCAAGCCUAUUGCUUUAUUAUUUGUGUGUACGUGUUCUUCCAGACCAAACGGGUUUUCAUAAUUUUACAGAGAUGACAGGCCAAGGUUUGGGAAAGAGAUGCCUACCUGCUCAGCUGCUGGUGUUCUGGAUGUUGACCAACAUGUCUGAAUCCAGAUUGAGUUUGUUUGCUCCUCAGGCUGUUACACUUGAGGAAUACUCUAAAAAUGCCGUCGUUAUUACUUCCAGUUCCCCUCUCAACCAGUCAGCUGUGAUUCACCUAAAUGUAACACACAGCUCCAAGAUAAACUACUCGUCUAUAAUCACAGUGCCUGAGGAGGUCAUGAUGCCAGUACAAGCUACCGCUGUCAGUUUUAAUGUGACAGCCCAUGAUGUUGGUCAGGUGACCACAUAUCUGGUUACCAACAGCACAGAGCUCAACAGUGUGCCUGUCAGGAUCCGCUUCAUAGUUGUCCAUAGCAAUGUCCUGUCCAUAAUUAGUGAAGUCAUUGGUUGGAUUUACUUUCUGGCCUGGUCAGUGUCUUUUUAUCCACAAGCCUUCGAAAACUGGAGGAGAAAAAGUGUUGUAGGUCUCAACUUUGACUUCCUGGCUCUCAACCUGACGGGUUUCAUUGCUUACAGCGUCUUCAAUAUAGGACUGUUCUGGAUACCGUCUAUAAAGGAGGAGUUUCUGAAGAGGAACCCUAAUGGAAUCAACCCUGUGAAUGCUAAUGAUGUUUUCUUCAGUCUCCAUGCUGUCCUGCUGUGUUUGGUCUACGUCAGCCAGGCUACUGUGUAUGAGAGGGGUGGACAGAGAGUCUCUCGGACGGCCUUGGUUUUAUUGCUGAUUGGCUGGAUGUUUGCUUUGAUCAGCUUAUUUGUUGCUGUAGCCAAAACAAUCACCUGGCUGGACUACCUUUACUAUUUCUCUUACAUUAAGCUAGCAGUGACUCUUAUCAAAUAUGUACCACAGGCAUACAUGAACUACAAAAGACAGAGUACUGAAGGAUGGAGCAUUGGCAAUGUGUUACUGGACUUCACUGGUGGAUUCUUCAGCAUUCUCCAGAUGAUUCUGCAGUCUUAUAACAAUGAUGAGUGGAAGCUGGUGUUUGGUGAUCCUACAAAGUUCGGUCUGGGUCUGUUCUCCAUCGUGUUUGACAUCCUUUUCAUCACUCAGCACUAUGUUCUCUACAGACGAUCGUCACAGUAUGAACCACUCGUGAACCAACAAGGAGACUGAUACUCGCUGGAGUGACCCAAAGAAGCACAUUUAUGUACAGCUUUAAAGAGAACUUAUGGUUGUUGUUUGACUUUCAUUGUGAAAAUAAUCUGGUCAGUUUCUUCAAAGCAGGGAUUUACAUGUCUCAUUAACACCAACUCACGUAUGAAUAUUAAUUAAGAAAAGGGAAGACAAAUUAAUUGAAAAAGCAACUGUAACACUAACUGUUAUUAUCCAUGUCAUUUGUAAUUAAGGUGGUAAACCUGAUAUAAACCAGGUUACCAUAGCGAGUCAGUUUCUCUAAACUUUCACUUCUAAUCAUUUUCUGACAACUACUGUCUUGAAUCAAGACUUUACUGCAAAUGAAACUGUGAUAACUAAGCAAUUUGCUGUAACACAGACAAGAGACCUUUAGGUGUGAUAAGUUACUAAUGAGGAUUAAUAAAGUGCUUUUUCAUUGUA